AUGGCGAGGGCGGCGACGCCUCAGAUCAUCUCUGAUAUCCAAAAUCCCGACUCAACUGCUUCACGGAUUGAGGCUCUGCGGCUGUUGAAAAAUGAGAUUAUCGGGCAUGAUCAAAGAAAGGAAGCCUGGAUUGGAUGGGGUAUCAUUCCGUUAUUAUCGCAGAUUUUAGCAGGCCGAAGAGGGGCGGGCAAAAAGACUACCGGCGGAGAGGUUAAUGGACAUACAAGACGUCAACAUUUGGCAAGGAGCAGGAGCGGUAGAUCGGAUGAUGAUGAAGUUUGCUUACAAGCCAUUCUCAUUAUUGGCAGCUUAGCCCAAGGGGGUCCUCCAUUCAUCUCUCCCAUAGCCGCAGGGGGCAUUUUCCCAUUGCUUCUGUCAAUAUUUUCCUCGCCAGACUGCCAUCCAUCACUUUUCCUUGCCGUCCUUGAGACCCUCAAUACAAUCGCAGAUAGAUUCCCUUUAUACCAGCAGCAAAGCUUGCCACAUGCCAAACAGCUAUCUUCCCUCCUCUACUCUCGAGACCACGUUGAGACUCUUCGUAGACUUCUAAUCGGCUCGACAUCCUCCUCUAGCCAGCGGCCCGUUACCCUUGCUGCCAAUUUAAUUGCAAAAACAUGUUCAGAAGAGAGUUACAAGGCUGUACUGGGGGAGUCCGGUGUGCUGGAUGCACUAGCUUUCAAACUUUCUACCUUUGUGGUUGCCCAGGGAUUCGUUCUUCCUGGUGCGGAGAAUAAUAUUAUGGACCCUGGCGCUCUGAAAACCUUGCCACCUGCUGCACCGCCAAACGCGCAACUAGCUCCUAUUCUCAGAGCCAUUACCGUAAUAAUCGAAAAUUCAAAGUCUCGCGCAGAGCACUUUGUCUCAUCCCCCGCGGUGGUAGCCGUUUUUCCUAAGCAGAUCCCUGAAUUUUCCCCUAAUGAUAUCAAAAAGUCUCCAUGGGGGGCAACAUAUUUCUCGGGGUUCGCCGUUCCUCGCCACAGUGCCACGAAUCCAAUCGAUGCAAUCCUACCCUCUGUCCCAGCUGCACAAUCUAAAAACUCGAAUUUUCCGCCUCUCGGAUCUCACACCUCAUUUGGGAGACAGAGCAAUUUCUUUAAUCCGCCCCUUUCUUUUUCGGAAACUCCCUCAUCAGAUGAGGAUGAAAGUGCCCUCAUAUCAUGGCUGUUUACCGUUAUCCGAUCUGAGUCGGGUCAGACUCGCCUCGUAGCGGCGAGGCUGGCAACGCUUCUCUUCCGGUUAGGAUUAGCAAAAAAACAUCGAGUGCCAAUGUUCGGCUACUUAUUGAUCCCACUCCUAAUUCGCAUAUUUGAGAAGGAUUACGAAGCGCCUGGAGAUGUCAGCAUUCAUGAAAGCGCGCUGAUAUCGACAACCCUAAGAGCCAAAGAAGAGGCGCCAGCGAUUCUUGCGUCGCUAGUUAUGGAUAGCCGUGAACUCCAAAAGCAUGCAGCGGAAGCCGAGGCGAUACCCAAGCUCUCUCAAAUGCUUAAAGAGACUUUCAGUCCGAUUUCUGAGGCAGCAAAGCCUAUGUGGAAUUCAGAUAAAAACCUUGCCACAACAUCAAAUCCCACUCAGCCAGAGCUAUGCCUUGGACCUCGCGGUUGCUCUCCUGCGGUGUACCACAGAAUGAAAGUUCGCGAAGGAGCUCUGAAAGCCCUCGCUGCAUUGUCGCUUUUUAAGGAAGAUUACCGAAGAAUGAUCUGCGACAAUGGCGUCGUGCCAUAUAUUAUCGAUUCAAUGAAGCCAUGUGAAGAAGAUUCUCUAGAAACGCUCGACUGUAACCCACCUUCAACGCUCCUUGCAGCAUGUGCAGCUGCAAGGUCCCUAACACGAUCUGUGAGCGCCCUGAGGACAAACUUGAUCGACGCUGGUGUGGCUACUCCAAUGUUCACAUUAAUCAAAUUUCGGGAUAUCGCUGUACAGAUUGCCGCAACGUCCGUGGUGUGCAAUCUGGCAAUGGACUUUAGUCCUAUGAAAGAUGCCAUUAUAGGAGCGAACAUGAUACCCAUACUUUGCGAGCAUUCACACUCAUCCAAUACUAGUCUACGACUAGAAUCCAUUUGGGCUUUGAAGCAUAUUGCUUACAACUCCACAAAUGACAUUAAAAUGAAGAUAGUUGAAGAACUUGAACCCGGGUGGUUAAAGCAGGUCAUUUGCCACGACCCAGGCGACCCGCCAAUCCGGAGGAAAGGGGAAGAUGACAUGGGUGGUACAUCUUCUCUUGGAAUGGAGGCGCCGAACUCCGCUGGAGAACGAGUCGACAUUCUCAACCCUAUGGAUGGGGUUGAAGGAGAAACAACACCAGGCCAGGAUGGGGACCAUAGCAUGGCAAAUACCGUCGUGUCGCCCAAACCAACAAGUCUUGAUGUUUCCCUCAUUGAUUACUCCAGACGACGGAAGCUUGCUGUUAGUGGCGACCUUGAUCAAACGAAACAAGCUCGACGGGAUGAUCUGCAAGUUCAAGAACAGACGCUUGACUUGCUCCGAAACCUGAUCUGUGGUGUAGGCGCACCAGAAAUGAUCGAUUAUCUCUUCCAGGAAGUGGGUCAAAAUGACCUCUUCAACAUUCUUGCAGACAAGUUACGCCCAAAGCCGAUUGCUAAAUACGGCGGCCGCAAAGAUUCCUUAUCCUCUUCGUCCAAGUACAUCCCCGUGCCAACAGAGAUUCUCUGCUCCGUCACAUAUAUUGUGAUCCAUAUCGCGGCUGGCCUGCCCCGACACCGGCAGCUAUUAAUUCAACACCCCACUUUAUUAAAGCUUAUGAUGCCCCUGUUCAACAACCCAGAUAAACAGGUGCGAGUGAACUGCGUGUGGGUAGUUAUCAAUUUGACAAUUGCAGACGAUCAAAUGGAUCAUGCCAGCUGCUGCGAGCGGGCGAUGAAACUCGAGAGCCUGGGCGUGAUGGAAAAGCUCCUUAGUUUGGAGAACGACGCCGAAUCAGAUGUGAAAGAGCGGACCAAAACCGCCCUAUCCUUGAUGCAUGCUUUGCUUCAGUGA